UAUACAUAUUUAAUAAUAAUAGUGAAAUAACAAAGUAUAAUGAGUUCGUAUAAAAGCUAAGAAAUGGCGUUAUUGCCUGAUUUAGACGUUAAAUCUUUGUUAAAUAUUGAAGAGGACAAUUUCGAGCGACUUGGCUUGAAAUCCUUUGCUAUUCGUAUGAUUUAUAUCGGAGAAUAUCUUCUGCCUACCGACCAGUUAAUAAAACACUUCGAAGCAACGAUAAACGACGUAAACGCGGGUUAUUGCGAUAUUAAAUUGUGUGGUCUGCUUAUGGUUUACGACAGUUAUUUUAUACAUAUCAUUGAGGGAUCAGAAGAUACUGUUCAUAGACAUCUAAGAUUUUUGUUUGAACGCGAACUGAAAUGGAUACAUCAAAAUACUCAAGACGAUGACGUUUCUUCAGCCUUAGAAGAUGCGAAAGAAGGUCUUACUGUUAUUUUAGGAGAAGAAAAGGCGGCAAAACACGAAAUUAACAUGUUCAAGCGUCUGAAACUGCUAACAGUUUAUCAUUGCAUACAAACACUAACGUUUGAAGAUUGGCGAGCUUUGACCGCUCGGCCGCCAUCUCUCAUCGGCACCCUGGAUGUUCACGGUUCCAUAAUGGAACACAUGGAACAAUUGCGCAUUUGUCUAGAUAAAAUGAAAAGAAUUUGUACGUACGCGAAAGCUGAUCAAAAUUUGUCAUUCGAGGGGCUAAGUGCGGUAGACCCUAAAAUGGAAGCGUUACCAGAAGUAGGUUUAUUGGACUACCUCUUACAAUCACGAUUCAUUUUAGAUCUUCGACAUGUUGUUCAUUUGCACCGACGUGUUAACGACUACGCUUUCUACUUCGAGAACGUAUGGCCCCUACCUACUCACUUUACACCGCGUCUUCUCUACAAGUUGAAGGUGGACGAUUCAUUUGUGGAGCCUCUCCCCGUAAUGCCUUGGGAUAUGGUCAAAAAAGAGGUCGAUGAAGAGGAAAGAGAAGAACGGCAAAGUGAUUAUUCUUCGAGCGAUUAA